UUUUUUUUUUUUUUUUCCCUCUCUUUUAUCAUGCUGAAACAAUCUUAUAACACUUAUUACUAUACUACACCUUCACGUACACAUAACAGUCAUAGUGUGCAUUUAUAUGACAGAGCGAGACAAGACUUGUUUGAUAAUGAUCUGUAUAGAGACACUGUCCCAUCUAUCACAACCAUUUGCUUACUGCAGAUUCAGGCCAGUAUUAUUCAAGUAUUGGCUUAUUUACCCUAUUCGUCCAGUUGGUCAUUACAGACUAUCCUAAAGCAAUGCCUGCGAUGGACAUUACUGAUUGGACUCCUCUUGCUUGAUAAUAUAGCACGCGUCCUGAAUGUAGAUACAGAAAUGAUGGCACUAAGGAGCAACAACGAUUAUUAUCAUGGUCAAUGCAUUCAAGAAUCAAGCGGAAAUCCGGAACCUUCUUCACCGACGCUUGUCAAACGUACUGUGGCACCUGCUUCUCCCAUCCCCACCUAUUUUCCCAAAACAUCUCGUAAAGCGUCUACCAACCCUCCCUCCCCUAUUACACUGACUGCUGCUGAAACACGAUCACGUGCCAGUCGUACUCCAGGUCAUGUUCGUUCCUUAUCAAAUACAAUGAUGGAUAAAAAGCUGCGUCGUGUUACAGCACAACGUGAAAUCACAGUCCAAAAUGCAAUUUUGCCUAAAGCCAACAAGAAAUCAGACUCAGCUCGGUCUGAUUCGUCUGAAUCUCCAGUGAACGAUCGGCCCAGAAUGCAAAAGACGAUGAGUUUAUCGACUGCUCAACAAUACCAUAAACAAGUAGAGCACAAAAGCUCAAGAUACUCUUUUCAUGAACCUAAAAAACCCUAUGAAAGGUGCUGUCCAGCCUGUGCUACACACCACUAAAUUGAAAAGCAGCCCUUCACUUGUACCUUGGAAAUAAAGUUCAUGUUCUCCUUACAAAU